GGGAUGGCGGCGGAGGACGAGGCGGAGCUCAGCCUGCUGGAGUGCCGGGUGUGCUUCGAGCCGUACGGCCCCGACGGGCAGCGGCGGCCGCGCAACCUGCCCUGCGGGCACGUCCUGUGCGGGGGCUGCGUGGGGGCGCUGGGCCAGCGGCGCCUGGAGUGCCCCUUCUGCCGGCGGCCCUGCGGCCCCGCCGAGACCAGCGACUGCCGCCCGCUGCUGCAGCUGCUGGAGCUCCUGGGCCCCGCCGGCCGCCUCGCCGGGGCCCUGGGCGGGAGCGCCGGCCGAGGGGCGGCCGCGCCGGCCCCCGCGGGGCUCGGUCUGCGGCUGUGCCUGGGCGGCUGGGGGUCGCUGGUGAACCCCACCGGGGUGGCGGCCUGCCGCGGCACGGGGCGCCUGGCCGUGGCACACGACGGCAAGAAGAGGAUCCACGUCUUCGGGCCCAGCGGGUUGUGCCUGCAGCGGUUCGGGGAGCGGGGGGACGCGGGCAACGACGUGAAGUACCCGCUCGAUGUGACGGUCACGUCGGACGGGCACGUGGUGGUCACCGACGGCGGGGACCGCUCCGUGAAGGCCUUCGAUUUCGAGGGAAGGGGGGUCCUGGCGGUCCGGGAAGGCUUCCGUUUGCCCUGGGGCUUGGAUGCCACCCCCAAGAGUGAAGUCAUCGUGGCCGACUCGGAGGCAGGCGCUCUGUACCGCCUGACGGCCGACUUCGGAAGGGGGGAACUGAAGAAGUGUCAGAUGAUCCGGGCUCAGCUCGUCAGCCCCAGAGCGGUCGCGGUCUGCCAGACCUCGGGGGCUGUCGCGGUAAUAGAGCACCUGAAAGCUCAAGGACUGAACAAGGACAAGGGCAGCACCCGAGUGAAGAUAUUCAGUGCGGAGAUGGAUCUCAUCGGCCAGGUGGAUAGCUUCGGUCUGAACCUCGUUUUCAGCUCCCAAAUGUAUGCUACGGCUGUGACCUUUGACAAAGAAGGUCGUGUUAUAGUAACGGAUGUGUGUAGCCAGGCCGUAAUAUGCUUAGGGAAACCCGAGGAGUUUCCCAUGUUUAACCCUCUAAUUAGCCAAGGGCUUUUUUAUCCUGUCGGACUGACUUACAUAGCAAAUGAUUCGCUCGUCGUUUUAGACAGUGGUGAUCAUUCAAUAAAAAUAUUUAGCUCUACCUGAAUGGUUUAGAUGCUUACUGCUACAGGUUUAAGCUGCUUUUGGCCAUAAUGCAUGGAAAGUUCUGGUGCUUGUAGGCACAUAGAGAGGAGGUGGUUUCUGGGCUUUAUGGUGAAAUCACCCCCUGAGCAACAUGCUGUGCUUCCUGCAAAACUUAUGUUGGAUCUCAUGCCUACCUGUUGGGAGAAGACCUGGCUGUUGCUGGCUGUAGUCAACAAUUAAUCAACCAAACAAAUAAUUUGGCAUUUUAAAUCUAGCCCAUACCUUGAAAACUAAACGGUUUUGGUCCUUUUUGAUGAGUAAUGAAAGACCAGCACCUGUGAAAGUGAUGCAUCAUUCAUUUACAUUUCCCAGCACACAGUUUUCAUUGUUCUUAAUCAUAUAUACACUCGUGGGGUUGACAGAGCUUCUGUUUUCAGGAAUUCCAGCUUUCUUGCUUCCACAAGAAAAGAGUUUGGCUUGACAAAAUGAGAGGAGAAUUGGUAGCUUCCGUUCAAUGUUGCCUAAAUCCAGCUAAGAUCAUUGCAAUGGAGGAGCUACCACUGAUGAGUGAGUUAUGUGGUGUUCAAAGCCUAUUUUUUCUAUACCAGGAAAACACAUUUCUAGGAGGACCCUUCUCUCUACUAGUUUAGUCCCACCUUUAUUAGGGUUGUACUGGAGCACUCUGUCUUCCUCUAAAAUGCCCAAAUUGUCUUUACCUAAUCUGGUGUGUGGUUACACAGCAUGGGCAGCUUUCCCUAAAAGCUCCUUUGAAGUAAGGGUGUUUAAACCACAAAUCUCUUGCCUAUGUAAAUUUGAGUUGGCUGUGCUGCUAACACAACUGCACUUAGUAGGUUUUCAAUACUGCCUGCUCCUGUUUUGGCAUUAAUAUGAUGGUUUUGCACCCAAACUGGAGGAUUCAAGUGCAAAUUGAAAUGUUAGUGAGAAGUAAUAGAGAAAGAGGGAAGUUUUUUCCCUAGGUUCAAAAUGAGGUUUUGUUGAUUGUGAAUAUAUAGGAGGUUUAGAUCAGUUUAUAUUCUCUUGAAGACAGUUUCACUAUGGACACAAGUUCUGUUGCCUUGUGGAAAUUACAGUAUAUCUAAAUUAUGCUGAGAAGGAUUAACAUCCCCACUAGAAGUCACUGCUGCUAAAAUGAUUACUCAGACAGUGUUAAAAUGAAGUUAGAUAUAAAUGUGAAUGCUAUCUGAGAUAGAGACAAGUAGGUUAAAAUGUCAUAAAACUUUUGGAGUAAUUUAUUUAGUAGCUGAAAUCAUUAAUAUUAACUAAUGUAAUUGGAAACUCGGAGGCAAUCUUUCUAUCAGAAAAUUUUUUAUCUGACUUUUGGUCUGACUUCAGGGCAUUUAAUAACUGCAUGUAUUGCUGCACCAGUGAUUUACCAAAUACUUACCUUAAAUUGGAGCAGUUUAGUCCUCUCAUUCAGACAAUGUAUUAAUCUGUCUUUUGUUAACAUUUAUAUAAACAAAACAAAUCUGUUAAAUGCAGCUAUUUGUAAUGGCUAACUGAACAGUGACCUGCCACUAAAUCGUGAUUUGCUUAUUCCUAUAUUGGAAUAAUUUAGUGAAAAUUCCUCAUAUGUAUUCAUCAUGGGUUUUUCUGUUACAAUACAAUUUCUCUAUCACAGUUGCCCUGUAAAUGGUUUCUUUUUCUGUCUGGAAAUAUCCUGCUGCAGUUGUUGUAGGGCCAUUUGUUGCUACUGAAAAUUAUGUGGACCUGUAAACUUGGUCUUUCUCACCAUUCCCUACUGCCAUGCUGAUCAAUAAGUGCCUUUGGAAGAACCAGAAAUCCUCCUUGGCUAUUUUGCAGUAGGAGGUGUAUGGUCCUGAGCAGAAGCCCUGUUGAGAGAUCAGGAGGGAAAUUUACUCAGAGAAGCAUUCACUUGGAUUGUAUAUUCCUUUCUAGGUGCCAAGGAGAAGUCUGUCUUUGAGGGAUAUAGAACCAAUUAGAGAACACUUCCUUUAGGGAACUGCUGUGUGUCAAAAAGCAUGCAAUGCCAUCAGUGCCAUCAAUGCUGUAUUCAUACACAAUAGUUUGUUGCAGUAGCAAUUCCUCUGAAGCACGGGCUGUGAGCUUUUAUCUCCUUAAACCUUCAUGUGCACCAGAAGCUUGGUUUUGCUUCUGGCCUCAUCGAUGGGCAAAUUUCCUAGGAUCUACCGCCAUGUAGGCAACUUUGCAGUAGCUGAAAUGACGAUUUUUAAACAUUUGACUCACACUGUUUUAAAAUCUACAAAAACUCCCAUUGUUAGCCAUUGUGCUCCUGUCUGGUUUGGUAUAUGACUAGAAAUCACUUGAUUUUUUGGGUUUGUAAACAAAAUAAACCUUGUACCUUUAUUCUACCUAGUUUACUGGGUACCAUCUCCUGCAGUCUCUGCUUGACCUACCUACUGAAAGCAAAUGUAGACUUCUUCUCUGGAUGAUGCAGAUGUUUUCCUUUUACUAUAUAGCCUGUUGCUUAGUGUUGCACAGCCCUGCAUCAAAGGAACCAUUACGUUCCCUCUUAAUUCAUUUGAUGCAGGUGCCUAAAUUGAGAAGCCAUAAUGAACUGUUAUAAAACCAAAUAUUAAAAAUUUUGAGUUCUCUGUUGUCUAAAGGAAAAUGCAGCAGUAAAGCUGAAAACUUUCUUUUGACACAGAGGACAAUUUAAGAGAUAAUGAGAAAGAGAUCCACCAAUACGCUGAUAACAAACUAAAAAGUCUCUGACAUUUUUACUUACUCUUGCCCUUUCCUUUAUGUGUAUAUGUACAUUUCCCCUAUAGCUACUGCAGAUAUCCAUUGCCUUCAGGAUGACACCUUAAUGCCAUCUGCUUUUCAAAGGUUCAGGGGAAACUUAGUCCUGUGAAUCUGUUGGAAUUUAGUCAUAGAUUUCAGCAAAACAAAAACUUGUGUUGUGAGAGAGGGAGGGCAAAUGGCGAGGGGCCCAUGCUUGAACAGAUAUCCUUAGGUAGGUGAUGUUUUUGGGUUCUGACUGGUUGUACUUGGAAUGGGGAUAGAUAGAUGUGUGCUUACCUUUAGGAUAGAGUGGUGGCCAUUUCAUCUAGAAAGUAAUGUGGAGCUGUGUCUAGUCGCUUCGGUGAUAAUUACUGUUGAGUUUAGUUUUAAAAAACCACCACCUUUGCAUGACUCUCUGAACCUCAUGCUCUAGCCAUCUGGAUUAAAAACAAAUAAACAUAAUGGACAGUAUCCUUCUAAUGUAAUCUCUUCAGCCCCCUAGUAGAGAUUGCUGUGUCUGUUGUGCACACACACACUGCAAUUCCUAUUUGGUUUAUUUUUAAGCACUGAUCUCAGGUUGCUAUCACUGCAUACAAAUAUAUCAGGGUAUGUUUACAGUGUCAAGGAAUUAAAGGAGUCAGAAGAGUUUCAGAAAUGUGUAUUGAAAUGGUGUUCUGUAACGCAUAUAUUUUUUGGUUGGUUUGUGAAGAAAAUAAUUUUAGAUAAGGAAUAUAAUCUAUAUUUCAGAUUGAU